CGAGGGCCAGAACGAGUGUGGGUCGAUAACAGCGAGUGGGUCGAGCGGCUGGUCCAGGCAAGCGGGUGGGCGCAGGGUGAUACGGGUGGACGUUUGAUUUAUAAGCAUAAGCGAUCGGAGGUUGCUGAAGAAAAGCAGCUCCUUCUGGAAGCUGCCAUUAACACGGACACAGUCUAUCUGCCCCCGUGUCAUCUGUCCGUCUGUAGAAGACGGGUGUUGUCCCUCCCACCAACUACGCCGACAUCAGCAACCACACGUGACACGUCUCCAUCCUCCGACAGCAACAACAGCGACAGCUUGUGACCGUGGUUUGUGUGGAGCCCGCAACUGUUCACGGACAACUGUUCACAGGCUCUCUUCCCAUAGACCAGGCGCCCCUCCUCCUGCCUCCCCAUCGGACGUUGAACCUUCCUCUCAGCAACCAGAGGCCUCGACAUGUCCGUGGUUCUGCUGGCCGGCCGCAAGAAAGCCAUCGCCACUAAAAAGAAAAAAGCUAUCAGGAAAUGUGGUGUUAACCUGGGAGGUCAGGGAGAGACAACUGCGUCGUGGACUGUACCGUUGGAUGGGAAAGAUGUAACGAUAUCAUUCUCGCGAGACAACUGCUUUGUGGUCGUAGACGGCGAGCAGAUGGAGUGCACUGCCUACAUCUCGGACCAAGGAUUCGACCUCGACCUUAUUUUCGACUUCGAUGAUCACCGUGUGCAUGUGUACAGCGACGUGGAGGGCAGUGAGAUGACCAACUACCUCUUCAUCGAUGAUCAGCUGCGUGCGCGGAAGUCCAUGAAGAACUGCCUCAGUGAUCAUCGCAAGAACUGACCAUCGCCACGUCAUCAGUUUGACCUGCGACCUUCUCACCCCUCCACCCUGCGUUUCGCUCGGUGGCUUUAACUGCUUGUUUUAAAUUAGUGCUUGUAACAUGCACAGUCGCACUUUAUUUGUUCACCAACAGACCAAUACUGUUUCUGCCUUUUGUUUACCUUGUCUUAGUAAUAGGACAGAUUUGCCGAGAAAAUAAAAAAAAUAAAAGCUCUUUUGCGAAAGUUGAGGUAAAAUCUUGACUUGGACAACAACCGUGACCGUAUAAGUAAACAUCUGAUUUUUAAGUUUGAACUAUCCAGAAUUGGGAAUUGUUAUCCAGAUCUUGUUGUGUU